AUGCAAAGGCUAUUUGCUGCGAGGUCUACAUGCGCUGCGAUUGUCAGAAAUCAGAGAAAGUUUGCUUCUUUUUCUACCGCCUUACUCUUCGAUGAUACUCAGAUUCAGUUUAAAGAAAGUGUUGCUCAGUUUGCACAAGAAAACAUCGCCCCUCAUGCGUCGAAAAUAGACCACACAAAUUAUUUACCUCAGGAGGUCAACUUAUGGAAACUCAUGGGGGAUUUUAAUCUUCAUGGAAUUACUGCACCAGAGGAAUACGGAGGUCUUGGUCUUGGUUACUUGUAUCACUGUAUAGCUAUGGAAGAAAUAAGCCGUGCUUCAGGGUCUGUUGGCCUCUCAUACGGUGCCCAUUCUAACCUGUGCAUCAAUCAAUUGGUGAGGCAUGGAAACCCUACUCAGAAACAGAAGUAUUUGCCAAAGCUUAUCAGUGGAGAGCAUAUAGGGGCUCUUGCAAUGAGUGAACCCAAUGCUGGUUCUGACGUUGUUAGCAUGAAAUGCAAGGCUGAUCGAGUAGAUGGGGGUUAUGUCUUAAAUGGGAACAAGAUGUGGUGCACCAAUGGCCCAGUUGCUCAAACAUUGGUUAUUUAUGCAAAAACAGACAUCGCAGCGGGCUCAAAAGGAAUCACAGCAUUCAUCAUUGAGAAAGGAACACCCGGAUUCAGUACCGCCCAGAAAUUAGACAAACUUGGCAUGCGAGGAAGUGAUACAUGUGAACUUGUCUUUGAGAACUGCUUUGUUCCAGAAGAAAAUGUUCUCGGGCAGGAAGGAAAAGGUGUCUAUGUCAUGAUGUCAGGGCUGGAUCUAGAGAGGCUUGUUUUAGCAGGUGGGCCCCUGGGUAUUAUGCAGGCAUGUAUGGAUGCUGUCCUUCCUUAUGUUCAACAGCGAGAGCAGUUUGGCCGACCCAUUGGAGAAUUUCAGCUUAUACAGGGGAAACUUGCUGACAUGUAUACCUCUUUGCAAUCAUCAAGGUCCUACGUGUAUUCUGUUGCAAGGGAGUGUGACAAUGGAAAAAUUGACCCUAAGGAUUGUGCUGGAGUUAUACUAUGUACGGCUGAAAGAGCCACGCAGGUUGCUUUGCAGGCUAUACAAUGCUUAGGUGGUAACGGUUAUGUCAAUGAGUACCCAACUGGGCGGCUCCUUCGAGAUGCCAAACUGUAUGAGAUUGGAGCUGGGACUAGUGAGAUCAGAAGGAUGAUAAUAGGCCGUGCGCUAUUUAAGGAUCAGUGAGAGACGAUGCAUGUGCUCAAUUUCUGAGCUGAAAUAUUUGCAGCUCUUGAGCACUGCAUUCAAGAUACUCCAGAUGUUGCAGUCAGCCAUUUGAGUUUCCUUCACUCACAGAUUACAGAAUACAGAAUCACCAAGGUUCGUAGUUACUGGUGUAUCCAUGAUCGGUAAACAAAUGGCCGACCGAUUGAUGAUACUUGGUCGUUCAUAGUUUUAGUAACUGAUGUAUCCAUGAUCAGAAAACGCGAAUCGAGUUUUCUUCGGGUAAUAAAAACAGUAAAAGUACGGAAAUUUGAUUUGCUUUUUCACUUUGCUUA